AACUGCUGAACUACACUGUAGCUGAGCAGCCAAAGGAGCCACGAUCCGCGCACGCGCAUUCUCCUCUUUUGACCUUCCUAAGCACCGGGUAGGUGGCGCAAGUUGCUGCCCGACUCAUCUGAUGUAGUGAUUCAGGCCAUUUUGAGACAAUUCUUGGAGUCUAGUAGUCCUUUAUAACUCGGUCGACGCACCCAACAGGGACGCCCAGCCAGCGGUGUGCUUCAGGUGACAGUGACCCACAAUAUCUCCGUGAGACUUGCUAACUGGUGAGAUCGUGAGACUUUUUACACGGACACAGCGCGCACCUCCAAGUAGGCAGUCGAAAGCUAAGCGCUUUCACCAGCGAUCGGCUUUGGUGUAGUUGGCCGAGUGACUGCCCGGGCUGAUCGUUGGCUCGGCUGAAGUUAUCAUAGCUGUUAUGUUGUGUGUGAUCUCGACGAACUUCACAGCAGCAGCAAGCUUCGCAGUCUGCUGUCGUGCCGGUGAGAAUAGCAGCGACUUCUAGAGCCCGUGCUCGUUCGUGGAACAGCGGAACCGGUGAUCCUCUUCCGUAUCGAAAUGGAGUCGGCGCCGCACCUUCCGAUGUUGUCGUGCCAGCUCAAAAGCAGUCCGACCAACACAGACUUCGGCCCAGCUUUGAAAAAGUACAUCGCUGAGCACUACCACGAAGACCCUGACUCGUACACCAACGAGCUGAAGGAUCUCGAAGCCCUUCGCUUGGCGGCCUGCAACGCUCCCAGGACCUUCACCGGGUGCAGCACGCUCAAGCGCUAUUACUCGCAGCUGCUUUGUCUCCAGACGAGAUUUCCCAUGACGGACGAAGGACCGGCCUGCGUGCCGUUCAUGUGGACGGACAUCUACUCGGGCAUGGUGUUCAACAUCAUGGACAUCAAGUACGAAGAAGCCAGCAUAAUGUACAACGUCGGAGCUCUACACUCACAGCUUGGGACCCUGCAGAACCGCGACAACUCGGAGGGUAUGAAGAUCGCCUGCACGCACUUCCAGUGUGCCGCCUGGGCCCUGCAGCAGGUCAGGGGGCUUUACCCACAACCCAAGGGUAGUGACAUGUCCCACGACCUCCUCCUCUUCUUCAGCACCGUCUUCCUUGGACAAGCACAGGAGUGCAUAUUGGAGAAGUCGACGCUGGACGGCCGCAAGUCCUCCAUCACCGCCAAGGUGGCUGCUCAGGUUGUUGAGUAUUGCAAGACAGCCCUGCUGGUCAGUGGCAGCAUGAGCUCAGAGACUGGCAGCAUCCAGGACAUUGUGGGCUCGAAGUUGCUGAAGAUGUGGCGCCGGACGCUGGACCUCAAGGUGGCUUACUAUACGAGCUUGUCGUGCUACCACAUGGGCAACCAGGCGGAAGAGACCCAGAGGAUGGGCGAGCGGCAAGCCUGGUACCAGCUGGCCGUGCACCGGCUCAGUGAAGCCAUAGCCGUUGCAAAGGGCAUAGAGGACGAGCAGCUGGACGAGACGCUGGCGUUCGCCAUGGACGUGAUUGGCGGGAAGCACCAGGCGGCCAAGAAAGAGAACGAGUUUGUGUAUCACGACAAAGUGCCACCUCUGGACACUCUCCCCGAGGUCAAGGGAGCCAACCUGGUGAAGGGAAUCGGCUUCUGCCCAACCGACCCGGAGAUCUGCGGGGCCGACAUUUUUGCACGCCUGGUGCCUCUGGAGGCACACCAGGCCUCCUCCAUUUACAGCGAGCACAAGGCCCGGCUGUCGCGGACGCUGGGUGGCCGCGUGGAGAGCAGCAAUGAGCAGUUGGAAGCUUUCCUGGCUUCCCUGGACCUUGACCGUCAGAUGCUGCUGCUGGCACCUCAGGGAGUGCCCCAGGAGGUGAUGCAGUGCUGCGCCAAGCUUUGCGUCUGCCCCACGGCCACCAGCGACCUCGUGCUCGCCAUCCAAGAGCUCAAGGAACUGUUCCACAGUGUUGAUAAGGAACUGGAGCAAGUGGGACAGCUGCUGGCCGCAGAGCACGCUCCGGCCAGCGGCCCGCUGGCUCCCCUGUCAGCAGAGUACACCAAGUACCGGGAGGCACACGAGCAGGCCGCAGAUUCACACACCAGCCUGAGCAAAAGCCUGACGGUGCACAUGAGCAACCUCAAGCUGCUUUCGGGGCCCCUGGAGGAGCUCGAGAAGGCCCUGCCGUCGGUGGCGCUGCUGGACGUGCCCAACAACGAGGCCGUGGUGCGGGAGCUGACCUACCUGAUGAACAAGGUGGAGGAGAUGAAGCAGCAGCGCCACAUGCUGCACACCCGGCUUCGGGAAGCGUUGCAGAAGGACGACGUCACUAAGCAAAUAGUGACACGGAACCCGAGCGAAGAGCUCGAGGCCCUGUUCGAGAGGGAGCUGAAGAAGCACGACCAGGACGUGGCCCUGCUCGAACAGAACUUGGCGGCUCAAGACAAAGUUUUAGAUGCCCUGACACAAGCCAAUGCCCGCUUUGCGGAGACGCGCAGGGCCGCCUCCGAGACGCUUAAGAGGCGCCAGGCCAUGUGUGCAUCGCUGGUGCAGUCAUUCGAAGCCUACGAGGAGCUGGCUACCAAGACGCGCAAGGGCCUCGACCUGUACCGCAAGCUUGAAGUCGGCAUUGGACGGCUGCUGGCCCGGCUACGGUCGACUCUCAAGCCGCAACGCCCCCUGGAGCCGACCGAAGGUGCUGGACGCGUGGGAUCAGCAAAGGAAGGGGGAUCCGUCGUGGGACCAGCCUCUGUCGCGAAAAUGGCGGCCUACCGGCCGGACAUUGUGCCACCCAGCGCGGCAGCCUUAAAAAGCAUGGGUGUGCGUCCGGCUCCAGUUGGUUCGGAGCAGACUGUUCCCUGGGCCCCCGCGGAGCCCAGUGCCUGGCCGAAGCAGUACACGCCCUCGACGGCCUACAAUAUGCCGACCUACCCGGUGUCCACCCUAACAUACUCUUUCCAAAGCAACCAGCUGCCCGGUCCCGAGCAGCAGAUGUCUACUUAUGCGUACGGUCAGAGUGUCAUGAGCCCACACCAGAACUGCCAGCAGCCCCCGCUUGGACCGACCGUGGUGCCAGCCUCCCCAGCACCGGUUUACUAUGGCCUGGGCUAUGGGCAGCACCCCGGCACGGCGAGCAUCCAGGCACCCGUGUCCUACGCGCAGAGCUCCCCGGGACAGCCUUCCUAUCAGCCGUCGUACCAGCCCUCCUACCAGUCUCCGUACCAGCAGCCGGUGUACCAGCCUUACCAGCCAUCCGGUGACAGCCUGGCUGGCGCGAUGGAGGCUAUGCACGUGACCAACCAGUCAUGGCAGUGUGACCAACAGAUGGCAUGGGCCCCUCAAGCAUGGCAGGGUAACUGGGCUCCUCCCCCCACGGAUCUGCUGGCAACGACUCCUGAGACAGGUGCCCAGGCCACACCCCUCCAGCCACAAGUGGGUCUGGAGCCGAAAGCAAGCCCCAAACCAAAGAUGGAUCCUGAGCCCAUGGGAGGUCUUCAGUCACAGCCGGUUCUUCAACCUCAGGUGAUCCCCGAAACCAAGGUUGACCUCAAGCCACAGGUUGUGCUCGAGCAUCCCGUUGAGCCACCGCCUCCGGUCGCAACGUCACCUGCCUCAGCUUCAAGCGACACCAGGCCACCCGAGCGACCCCAGACCAAGGAGGCCCUGAGCCUGGACAAACUGGCCAUUGAGGUGGAGCGUUUCGAGAAAUGCGUUGAGGGCCUCAGUAAGAAGUCGCUCAACGGCCCAACACUCUUGGAGCAGAAGUGGAAGGAGUAUGUGGACGCCCAGGACAGAGAGUCGCGGAAGCUGUCCAUCUCGGUGGCACGCUGCUACCCUAUGAAGAACCGCAUUCCAGAUGUUAUGCCUUACGACCACAACCGAGUGAUGCUGGCAUCGCAGCGGGACGAUUACAUCAAUGCCUCCCUGGUAAAGGGACUCACGACAUCCGCCGUGAGCUACAUCAUGACCCAGGCUCCAUUACCUGGUACCUGCUCUGACUUGUGGGCCAUGGUGUGGGAGCAGCAGACGGAGACAAUGGUGUGCCUCCAGAGCCCCGGCGAGCUCAAGAGCCACAGCUACUGGCCCACGGACAAGGGCCAGCAACUCCGCUACGGUGGAAUCACCGUCUGCCUCCAGUCGGUCCAGGACAGGCAGUUCUAUGUGGAGCGCAUGCUUCAGGUUGUCAACAACGACGUGAAGGGGUCACGCGGGGUCGUCCACCUGCAGUUUGCGGACUGGCCGCAGAGCGGGACACCCACCAACAUCCCUCACCUGCUGAGCUUCAUCGAGGUGGUGCACGGCUUCCACAAGGCACAACGCAACGAGGCGCGGCCCGUGGUGCUCCACUGCCUCGGUGGCGUUGGACGGAGCGGCGUCUUCUGUCUGCUGUCGGCGGCCAUGAGAGAAGUGGCGGCAGGCGGCGGCCUGCCUGACCUCUUGGGCACGGCCAUUAAGCUCGCCCAGACACGCAAGUUCUGUCUUCAGGACAAGGAGCAGCUCAAGCUGUGCCACGACGCCCUCCUCUACCACGCGCAACAGUUCCUCGCCAAGAGAGGCAUUCCAACGAGCAGAGGCAGCUUUGGGACUCCCGGCCUGGCGUGCCACCCGCCGCAAGACUUCGUACCGGCAUCGGCAGCACCCAAGAAGCCCGAAGAAGACCGUGCCGUGUGUCCCGUGACCAGUCUCCUGGACCCGGCCAGCUUCACACUCGAGCCCGUGGCACAGCAGAAGCGCAAGGUGACACGGGAAGACUUCAGGGAAGGCAGCCUGGUCAAGCCCGAACCCUUCUUAGCUCCCUGAGUUGACUGGCCACCCCUUCCGGUCGCUCGAGAAGGACCGAGACCAACCGGGGCCACAGCGCCGUUUUUUGUUGUUCCACCGGGUUAGGCGAGGAGGCCAUAAAAUUCUGCCGACUGCAUCUUUGGUCUUCUACCAACGGUGGUCGAUACCCGAUUACUAGCCGUCGCUCACCGUCCAACCAAACACUUUGCUCAGUGUCGCAAGGGGUGCGGGCGUAGAGUGGUGGCGGCCGAUUCUUAGUGUCACUCACCGACGGGACCUGCCCAAUGUCCCAGAGUAAACAACAAUCAAGUUUUAAGAUUUUAUUUCUGCAUCACAACUGUGCAAGGUCAGUUACGUCAGUUCAGUAAAGAGUGUGCAUCUGUUGGUUUUUUUUCUGGCAGCUAUAUG